CACCUACAACGCUGGACCUUGGGCUACGUUGAGACUCUGAGUGGCUGUAUUGACUGCAGGGUUUUUUUUCUGUCUGGCGAUUCGGAAAAUAUCUUUCUUGCGACGUUCAAGAUUAUAUGAGUCCAUAUCUAGUCAGCCGUCAGCUAGCUAUGAAUCUGAUCCGUGGUCGCCCAUUCAUCGUACUCUGCGAUUGCCCCAUUAAACAGCCCAUUCAAUGCCCUCCUCUGGCAAACCCCGUACCAGCAUUCUGCUCACUGGUCCUACAGGUUAUAUAGGGGGAACGAUUCUCCAACACCUCUUAGACCACGAAGACCGUGCUACGUUCGACAUCACAGUGCUGGUCCGCGAUUAUUUGAAAGCAGAGAAGCUUCACCAAUUCGGCAUCACACCCGUAAUUGGAUCCCUUCAAGACACCGAAAAGCUCGCACAGCUUGCUUCCCAGGCAGAUAUCGUCAUACAUGCUGCUAAUGCGGACGACUUGCCAGCCGUCAAAGCGAUCUUGUCGGGGCUCAAGGAGAAGCACGAGCAGUCUGAUGAUGCAGGAAUAUUGAUCCACACUUCGGGGACAGGCUUCCUUGUCAAUUUGGAAGGUGACACCAGCAUCGAUCCCGACAUCGUGUACUACGAUUCAAAACCUGAGCAAUUGGAGUCAUUGCCGGUUUCACGUAUUCAUCGCGAGGUCGAUCUUGCGAUCGUUGCUGCAGACACGGCAGGCUAUAUUCGCGCAUACAUUGUGUGUCCCUCCACGAUAUUCAACAUGGCUUCAGGCCCGCUCGUCGACAGCGGCAUCCAGAACCCGCACUCUGUCCUCAUACCCUGGAUGAUCAAAAAUGGUAUUCAAAGGGGUCAAGGCGGCUUACUCGAAUCUGGGACGAACGUAUGGCCCCUUGUGGACAUUGAUGAAGUCGGUGAUCUGUACAAGCUUAUAUUUGAUGCUGCUCGCGCGGACCCACUGACCCCUCAUGGUCGCGCCGGCUACUAUUUUGCCGAGAACGGCGAGUAUGUGCAAUACGAGAUAUGCCUUGAGAUUGCAAAGGCGCUUUUUGAGCAUGGCAAAGGCCGCAGCCCAGAGCCUGUCAGCUUGACGGAUCAGGAGUUCAAGAACUUCUUCGGGGGCUCUCGCCUCGGUGCAUUGAACUGCCGCGCUCGAGGAGAAAGGUCCAGAGCUCUGGGCUGGAGGCCAAAGAAAGGAAAAGCAGAACUGCUUGCCAGUGUCGAACCAGAGAUCCAAGUCAUACUUGCUUGGCCUUGA